UUCUAUUUAUAUCAAGGUUUUAUAUAUGGUCUUGUUCUCCUUAACCGUCUUCUGGAUCUCUCUUUCUUUCUCUGAACUAAUGGACCCAAACAGGUCAGAGAGAAAGAGAACAUUGAGGUACAAAGAAGAGAAUGAUGAGGGAGCAGAGGAAGAGGAAGAGGUUAACGAGAUGGAUUUCGAAGAAGAUGGAAGGAGGAAGAGAGUGGUGAAAAAUCCCUAUAGCAAGAGAGGGUCUAAAGCUGGAGGCUCAAUGUUACCUUCUUGUCAGGUAGAUAGUUGUGAUGCUGAUUUAAGCGAAGGUAAGCAGUAUCACCGAAGACAUAAGGUUUGUGUGUACCAUGCCAAGUCUCCAUCCGUACACAUUGCAGGACAGAUGCAAAGGUUUUGCCAGCAACGUAGCAGAUUUCAUGAGCUUUCAGAAUUUGAUGACUCAAAAAGGAGUUGUAGAAGGCGUUUGGCUGGGCAUAACGAGAGGCGUCGCAAAAGUACAUUUGACUAUCAUGGAGAAUGAUUUCAUUGGUGAGAUGGACAUUUAUGAACAUUGAGGCAAGCAUGUCAUUCUGAUAAAAUCCCCAGCCAUAUUCGAAUUACUGUUACUGCUCUCCAAAGAUGUUCUCUAUCUUCUAUCAAUCUAUAUGCAGAGAUUGUUCCUGUUAGUUACAUUUAUGAGAGGAUAUCUUCACCUAGACUCCUUAAGAUCUUGCUUGAACACAUGACUUUUGAAAGUAUUGGUUUCUUUUGCAUACU